AUGCAGUCGAUAUUUACGAAGAACGGACUGGAAACUCCGGAGCCGGUGAAAGCUCAGGUGAAAGGGUCCCUCCCGUCAUGGCUGCAGGGGACUCUGCUGAGGAACGGGCCCGGACUUUUCUCCGUGGGAAAGUGCGAGUACAACCACUGGUUUGACGGCAUGUCGCUCAUCCACAGCUUCACCUUCAGCAACGGCGAGGUGGCCUACAGGAGCAAGUUUCUCAAGAGUGAAACCUACAAAAGGAACAUCAAGGCCGACAGGAUUGUCGUCUCCGAGUUUGGGACCAUGAUCUACCCAGAUCCCUGCAAAAACAUAUUUUCCAGGGCAUUUACACACCUCAGCAACAUCAUCCCCGACUUCACUGACAACAACCUGAUCAACAUCAUUCGUUACGGUCAGGACUACUACGCCUCCUCCGAGGUCAACUACAUGAACCAGAUCGAUCCCGCCACCCUGGAAACAGUCGGCAGGAUCAACUACAGGAACCACAUCGCCCUGAACUUGGCGACGGCUCACCCUCACUAUGACAGCGAGGGCAACACCUACAACAUGGGCACCGCCAUCAUGGGCUUGGGCCUGCCGAAAUACGUCAUCUUUAAAGUCCCUGCUGAUUCUUCAGAUAAAGAGCGCAAUAAGCCGGCGCUGAGGAAGGUCCAGCAGGUGUGUUCGAUCCCAAUGCGUUCCACUCUGUACCCGAGCUACUUCCACAGCUUCGGCAUGACCGAGAACUACAUCGUGUUCGUGGAGCAGCCCUUUAAACUGGACAUUGUCAAACUGGCCACCGCCUAUUUCAGAGGGGUCAACUGGGGGAGCUGCCUCAAGUUCGAUAAGGAUGACACUACCUUGUUCCACGUCAUCAACAGAAAGACAGGAAAGGCCGUGUCCACCCGUUUCUACGGCGACGCCAUGGUGGUCUUUCACCACAUCAACGCGUACGAGGCCGACGGCCACGUGGUGUUCGACCUGAUCAGCUACAAGAACAGCAACCUGUACGAUAUGUUCUACAUCCAGAACCUGAGACAGGGGACCAGCAACUUCAUCGAGUCCAACAAGCACUUCUCACCACCGGUUUGCCAGCGGUUCGUCCUGCCGCUCAGCGUCCACAAGGACUCUCCCAGAGGAUCAAACCUGGUGACUCUGGAGGACACGAUGGCACAGGCGGUGAUGCAGGAGGAUGGUGAUGUCUACUGCCAGCCAGACACCCUGUUUGAAGGUCUGGAGCUGCCGCAGAUCAACUACAGCUUCAACACAAAGAAGUACAGAUACUUCUAUGGCUCCAGGGUGGAGUGGUCCCCUCAUCCCAACAAGAUUGCUAAGUUUGACAUCGUCACCAGGAAACACAUUGAGUGGCGUCAAGAGAACUGCUUCCCCUCAGAGCCCGUGUUUAUUGCGUCUCCGGGAGCCGUGGAGGAAGACGAUGGGGUGAUCUUAUCGUCCAUCGUCUCAUCAGAUCCGAAAAUCUCUCCAUUCAUGCUUGUCCUCAAUGCCAAAAACUUGGAGGAAAUCGCCCGAGCCUCCAUCCCCACCACCGUGCACAUGGACCUUCACGGACUCUUCAUCCCCGCUGCCGUCUGA